GUUUACUAAACGGGGGUCAACAAAGCGUGCGCUUAUAGAGAGAGAGAGAGAGAGAGAGAGGCGAUGCGAUGAGAGGAGGAGCCCUAGGAGUAGUCGUAGCCCCCCCGCCUCUCUCCCACUGCUAUUACCCAAACGCCCACCAUGUGUUCGACGCUAUUCCCCUUCGAAGAGCGCUUCCCCUCUCUUCUCUCCGAGCCCCAAAUGGGCCCUCCAAACGCAGUACUCCGCCGCGUUGCGGUGCGCCGCGGCUCCGCUCAGUUAAUAACUUCAUCAGGGGCCUUCAACCAAACCCAGCCUUUGCUGCAAUGGCUCGUGCGUAUUUUGCGGCUUCCAAAUUCCUACCACCCAGACAAAAUUUUGAAGGAUAUAUCGCUCGGAGCUGCACUAUUUCCUUGUCUCAAUCCUCCCAACCUUCCUCAUCGAUUGUCCUUGCAAAUCCUCCACCUCUAGCAGUUUCGGCCCACCUCACAUCAUCGGAUGUGCCCCAACGAUCAGAUGAAUGGUUCGCCCUCCGCAAGGAUAAGCUCACCACCAGCACUUUCAGCACCGCCUUGGGGUUUUGGAGGGGCAACCGCCGCUCCGAGCUUUGGCAUCAGAAAGUAUUUACACCAGAAGACAUCUCAUUCGAAGCAGCUGCAAGAGCAGCCAUGGAUUGGGGCAUCCUCCACGAGGCCCCGGCCAUCGAACAGUAUAAAAGCAUCACAGGCCGUGAGGUGAGCUUUUUAGGAUUUGCAGUUCAUGCAGAAGCCAAAUUCGGCUGGUUGGGAGCUUCUCCGGACGGAAUUUUAGGGUUUCAUCCGGAUGGUGGGAUUUUAGAAGUGAAGUGCCCUUAUAAUAAGGGGAAGCCCGAACUUGCGCUUCCCUGGGAUGCCAUGCCGUACUACUACAUGCCACAAGUUCAAGGACAAAUGGAGAUUAUGAAUAGGGAAUGGGUUGAUCUCUAUUGUUGGACUCCAAAUGGGAGUAGUUUGUUUAGGGUUUUCCGUGAUCGAGCUUAUUGGGAGCUUAUUUAUAGCAUUUUAUGUGAUUUUUGGUGGGGGAAUGUGGUGCCGGCUAGGGAAGAAGUGCUUUUGGGGAGGGAAGAAGAGGCUCGAGCCUACGAGCCAAAGCCGAGGCAUGGGCUGACCAACAUGGUUAUCGGCAGAAGCCGAAAGUUGGCUGCGGAAGCAAGGCUCUUGUGCAGGGAUAUCGGAGGCCAUGUUGAGUUCUUCAAGUGAAAGGAUGAAGGAUGGUUUCCCUAGCUGAUGUUGUGGGAUCUACAGGUUCCCAGAAUUAUUGCAGAUCCCAGAAUUAUAAUUCUUUUAUUGAGCCUAAAUGGUUGAUGAUGUUUCUAUGUGUAAAUGCUUCAUCUGGUCAAAAUUGAUGAUCUGAUCAAAGCCAUGUAUUCUGAUGUAGCAAUUAAAUCCAAAAGAUGCAACAAUUCAGAAAAAAAAAACAUAUUCAAGUAUCGAAUGUUUCAAUUAAUGCUCCCGUUCUUUUCCUUCAA